CGCUUCCUUUGUAGAAUACACAUUGGUUGACCUAUAGUAUACUUGACUUUAGGCGUACCAUUGUACCAUUGUCGAAAUUGUUUCCGUUGAUAGCAAAGUAAUAUAUUUCUACUAAACAAGCUGGCCUUGACGACGUGUCGUCAACUCUAGAAUUGUAUAUGUUGGUCGCAAUCCAAAGGACAAUGCUGUUUCACUUUACCACUUUCAUAGAGCAAUUAACAUGCUACAGGCAUAUGCAAACUGGAGUGAAUUCUUUGAUUCUUUUGUCGCAGGCCACGCUCACGGUGGCUCGUGGUUUGAUAUCAAUUUAUACUGGUGGUCCAGGCGUCAGGAUGAAAAUGUUUUGUUUCUAAAGUACGAAGACCUGAAAAAGGAUCUAGCUGGCGGUAUUGUUGAAAUCGCUACAUUUCUAGGAUGUACAAUUCCGGAGGGUGGUUUGGAAAAGGUAGUCAACCACUGUUCCUUUGACAGUAUGAAGAAAAAUCCGAAGACUAACUACGAAGAUAAAGUUUUCAUAAACAAGGAAAUAUCCAAGUUUAUGAGGAAAGGUACUAUUGGCGAUUGGAAGAAUUACUUCACAGUUGCGCAGAAUGAAGUCUUUGACAAACUCUAUGAAGACAAAUUGAAAGGUUCCGGACUUGUAUUUGAUUUUGAAUUAUAAAGCUUCAGUUUCAUCGCAGAUAGAUAUUUUCAAUCAGUUAUCAAACUGGCUAUUACCUGAAAUAAUUCAAUUGCAGUAUCUAAAGGACCAUGCAAUAAAUCUGCCAGAAAAACAUUAAAAAACGCUUAUUGAACUAAAGGAUAAGAAACUAGUAAGGAAAUCAUGGAUUGGCUAUUUUGCAAUUAUUGAGCAUGGUCAUGAUGAGACCCUGACAAAUUAUAGAAUGAAAUGAAAGAUAUUAGCUGUAAGAAUAAACAAUUAAUUUAUCUAAUAGACUGUGACUGAAUACUUUACAAAUAUUAUGUAAAUAAUACUACAUUAUUUGUUAUAAACCAAGACGAAAUAAAAAAAAAAUGAAUGAGACUUUAAAAUAAAGUAAAACCUGAA